UACAACAGACACGCCAGCUGAACCACCUCAAAUGACUCGUCAAAAGUAUGAAGAAGCAAAGCAGGAACUACAAGCAUUAUUAGCACGAAAGAAGCAAGUGGAUACUAAUCUGAUCAACUUGGAACACGCCAUCUAUUUAUUUGAAGGAUCUUAUUUGGAAGACACACAACAAAACGGAAAUAUCAUACGUGGAUUUGACGGUUAUUUAGCAAAUCGAACCGACAGACGAAAGCCCAAAUUUACAGAAUUAGAUCGCUUAUUUUCAUUGUCUUCAUCUACAUAUCAAAAGGUAAAAAGUAUAGUGUAUAAUAUUAUGUAUUAACACAUGGCAAUAGGCAUUGGCACAAAAGGAAGAA